GCGCCAAAGAGAACGUAGGUCGUAUGUAUGUGUGUGAAUAUUUGUUUUGACAGUGCGUGUGACUCAAAUGUCAAGCGUGAAAACUAAGCAAAUGUUAACUGUGUAAAGCAAAAAAAUCUUAAGAUGAGUUCAAGAACUUCCAGCUACCAAGGCAGCCAAAUAUUCGCAGGCCUGGCACAAUAUGCCGGACUAGAGACUGAUCAACUCAAUUUUCUUAUAAGCCAAUUCGUUGCUCUGCUUUUAUCUACACUUUACAGAACAGUACUCCACCCUAGUAAGACAAGAACAGAAAUCAGACAUGCAUUUGGAUUAGUUGUAGGGCUGUGCAUGGGUUAUUUUUGCUUUGGAUUUCAAGCUAUACAUUUGGCAGGUCUACCAAUGAUAUGUUACAUGAUAAUGAUUACUCAAAAUCCACACAUAAUGCAUGGAAUGGUGCUUACAGUGGCCUUAAUCUACCUAUCCUGCGUCCACCUACAUCGUCAAAUUUACGAUUACGGUUCAUACGGCUUAGACAUUAGUGGUCCGUUGAUGGUUAUUACCCAGAAAGUAAUAUCCUUAGCCUUUAGUCUUCACGACGGUCUUACCAAAAAACAAGACGAAAUGACGCACAACCAGAAAUACCACGCCGUUUACAAAACACCCAACGUCUUAGAAUAUUUUAGUUACUCUUUGUUGUUUCCCUCUUUAAUGGCGGGACCUAUCAUUUUUUACAACGACUAUAUAGAUUUUAUAGAGGGUAACAAUUACGUCAAGGUCAAGAACAGCGUAGAAAACUCGAAAGUUAUACGAGAACCUAGUCCCGUGAAAGCUAUAAUCAAAAAAGUUGUGAUCGCCCUAUUUUGCGCGUACAUCUUCCUGAAGUUCCUACCGAGAUUCCCGAUUUCGCGGGUGAAAGAUCAAAAUUUUGUUGAAAGUAUGAGUAUAAGUUAUAUAUUUUGGUACUUGACAGUCAGUACAACUUUAGUUAGGUUUAAGUAUUAUUUCGCGUGGACUGUAGCCGAUGCUAUCUGCAACAAUUGUGGUAUAGGCUUCUCGGGUUACGCAGAAGAUGGUACAGUUAUGUGGGAUAAGAUUUCUAAUGUAGAUAUAUUUCAGUUUGAAUUUGCUACUAGUCUUAGGCAGGGCAUUGAGGCUUGGAAUAAAGGUACAAAUAUUUGGUUAAGAAUGAUUGUUUAUGAGAGAACGAAAAAGUUUUCUACUGUUUUAACAUAUAUAUUAUCGGCUGUGUGGCAUGGGUUCUACCCUGGAUACUACUUGACAUUCCUUAGUGGCGCUGUGUUUACGUUUGCUGCCAGAACUGUACGACGCCAUGUCAGAAAUUACUUUAUGACUACUAAAGAGGCAAAAUUAUUGUAUGACCUUAUAACUUUUGCUGUGACUCAUUUUGUAUUCGCUUAUCUAACGUUUCCUUUUGUUUCUUUAGAAUUCUGGUCUUCCAUAGUAUUAUAUAAUAGAAUGUAUUGGUGUCUUCAUUUAGGAGCUAUAGCUGCGAUGAUAUUUCUACCACAAUGUGUGCCUAAAUCUCAAGCAAGAGAACUAUCUUCUAAGAGCGGUAUCGCUUUAGCUCUACGACAAGCGGGACCAUAUUCCAGUAACGAAUGACUGAAUAAUCAGAGAAUUUGACAAAAAUCAUUUAUAUUUUAUACGCACAUACGCACAAAUUUCUCUAACAAUAUGCGACUGAUUUUUUUACAAUGUUGCAGACUCUCAAAGAACUGACAAUUUUUUAUAAGUUUUUCUAAAUACUGUUUGAAAUUAUUUAUACCAGCUAAGUUAAUACCAAAAAAAUACUCGAAACGAACCUUG